CCUCGUCCAAUAGGAUUCGCGCGCGCUCGGCCGGGAGACGCGAGGGGGAGGACGAGGUGGACAAGAGCGAGCCGCGAACGGUGAGGACGACGACGACGAGGACGACGAGGACGACGGUGGCGGCAGCGGUGGCUGCGGUAACAGCAGCAACAAGCAGCAGCAGCAGCAGUGGUGGCGACGGUGAACGGUAACGGUUGUGACGGUGACGAGGACGAGGACGACGGUGGCGGCGACGGUGAUCGAGACGGUGCACCGUGUUGGUCGGUGGCGUACGCCGUACGUGUUAGUGCGUGUGUUCGUGCGCGAGCGCGGUUGGUCGGUGGCUCGCGUUGUUGUAUCCAAGAUGAAGUCCGACUCGAAACCUUUGUUGACAGCUCAGGCGGAAAAGGCGAAUCAUUACACAUACUUGAAGGAGUUCCGCGUCGACCAGUGUCCCCUCUUCAUACAGCGCAAAUGCACGCAGCACCGACCGUUCACGUGUUUCAACUGGCACUUUAUGAACCAGCGGAGACGCAGGCCGGUGAGAAAGAGGGACCGCACCUUCAACUACAGCGCCGACAAUUAUUGCACCAAGUAUGACGAGACGACUGGCAUCUGCCCCGACGGAGACGAGUGUCCGUUUCUGCAUCGUACCGCGGGCGACACAGAGAGGCGUUAUCAUCUACGCUACUACAAGACAUGCAUGUGCGUCCACGAUACUGACACGCGUGGAUUUUGCGUGAAGAAUGGCCCGCACUGCGCCUUUGCGCACGGAAAUCACGACCUGCGCCCACCCGUGUAUGACAUCAAGGAGAUCCAGGCGCUGGAAAAUCCGGACUCGGACCCAAACUCCUCGUCGAAUGGGCCUAACAUACUCGACAAGGAGCGUAACUUGAUGAAUGAGGAUCCAAAAUGGCAGGACACGAACUACGUGUUAAGCAACUACAAGACCGAGCCGUGCAAGAGACCACCGCGGCUGUGCCGGCAGGGCUACGCCUGUCCGCAGUAUCACAACAGCAAGGACAAACGGCGCAGCCCACGGAAAUAUAAAUAUCGCUCAACGCCAUGCCCGAAUGUGAAACACGGCGAGGAAUGGGGCGAGCCGGGCAACUGCGAACAGGGAGACGCGUGCACGUACUGUCAUACUCGCACGGAACAGCAGUUCCAUCCUGAGAUCUACAAAUCCACCAAGUGCAACGACGUGCAGCAGGCUGGCUAUUGUCCACGCGGCGUCUUCUGCGCCUUCGCGCAUGUUGACCUGUUGCCAACAGAAGAAAUGAGCCUGGCGAGGGAUAUGGCGGUACCUAUAGAUUGCGGAGCGAAUCUGCCACUUAGUGACAGUAGCAAUGGAAGCGGCGAAGUCUCGGAAUCCGCCAGUACUAGCAGUUUGGGUAGCAACAGCUCGCACAGCAAGGCGCCAGGCGCUCAACUACACAAUUCCAAUAAUACCAAUUCCGGCAUAAAUGCGGCCGCGCAGCAGAAACUUACGAGCAUACUUUACAACCCUAAUUCUCUUAUACAAGUUAAUGAAAUUCGGAAGCAAAUGGUCGCCAUCGACAGUGAUCCAUUAUUAACUAAAGCUGAAAAGGCCCAACAGAAACAUAGUCUCUAUAUUGCGUAUAAUUUGAACGGGACAUUAGGCAGUCAUUCAUUAGCAACCACUGUUUCACCACUUUCAAAUUCGUUCUACUCAAACGAUACUGUGGAAUCUGUAGUAGGAAAUGCAUUAGAUGAGUUACAUUUAGACGAUCCGUUAAAUUUAGUCGACUCAAUUCAUAGGGAUACAAAUUCACCGAUUGGCAAUUCAAUAUCAGCAGGCCUAGCUAGCUCCGGUCUACUCGGUAGCUCAGCCCCAGUCAAUAUACCGGGCAUGGCUGAACGUUCAGUUCUCACCAAUUUUUCGCCAUCGACGUCGAGCCCCCUUCAACAAUUACAGACUGGUUUUCUCACCGGAUCGAGAUUCUCUCAUCAAGAUUCCAUGGAAUCCACAUUGCCAUUUAUAAAUCAAAUAUCAGAUCCAUUUAGCAAUCACAUUUCGCAACUUAGCAGCUCGGCUUCUAAGCUUAGUGGAUUCAAUAGUAGUUUAUUCGAUUUUGCGAGCCAAGGAAUGUCACCGUCGCGUACGCAACCCACUCUACCGGCAUCUCCAUUGGUCAAUGCAUUUUCCAUUAGUCCAAGUAACACAGGAUCGUUGUCCGAGGUACAAAGGCUCAGAGACGAACUGUCCUCGAGCCGCGCUCAAUUGGCAACAUGGGACGAGCGUAUCAAUCAAGCGCGCGCGGCUUGCGCGGCGUGGCAAAUGGAAAGCGAGGAGGCAAAGAGGAAGGCGACCAUCGCCGAACAACAAAGAGACGAGAGAAGGGAUUUUUUGCAGGCACUGAAAGCACUCAGAGUCGAGAACAAGGCGUCCAAUAGCGGCCCGUAUCUCCAUUCACUGAGGAAAAUAAGCGAGCUCAGAUCACUAUCAAUAGCUACCUUGAAAUCAAUUCAAUCACAAUUGCGCUCGGAUCUCGAAGAGGUAGAAAAGGUGCUGUACAGAGAAACGGCAACAAAAUGCAUGGUUUGCGAAGAACAAAAUCGUACAGUUACUCUAUCCUGCAAUCAUUAUGUGGUCUGCUCGACAUGCGCCCAAAAUCAGCGCGAGUGCCCGUACUGUCAGACUCCGGUUGUUUCAACAAGUUAAACCCAAACCUUUUCUUAGAAUCCUGUUGUUACAAUUUCUGCUUCUCGUCCCUUAAAGAAAAAAGAACGAAGAGGCGAUACCAGCCGCAAACUCUGAAAGAAUAUCAUGUGAGUAGUAUUACGAUUUUGCGAGAACUUGUGUAUUUUUACUCUGGUACAGUGACAAAACUGAAAACACGUUUUUUUAUCGCGGUAAGCAUGUACUCGCAAAAGUACGAUUGAUUUAUCGCCAAAGUGAGUACGAAUAUGAUUAGAAUCUUUAUUGGUGUAAUCUUAAAUUACAUUGACAUUUUUCUCUCUCGAUAUAUAUACAUAUAUGUAUAUUCAGUGAAUAUCACAAUUUUUUAAAUGUAACGCUCUCUGAAAAGCAGCGUUAGCGAUCCUAAAAAAAGAAAAAAUAAAGAUGUUUUAUUUUAUACAUAAUUCAAGAGAUAAAUAUCUAGCAGGGUGUUAAUUAUACACAUUUAGCGUUUAUAACGCAAAUAUAUGCGAGUUACAGAACAUUUAGCGCGCGAGAACAAUAUAAUCGCAGUUGUGGACAAAGUUUCGGGACCUCGAAAACUAUAUAAUAAUUGUUUAAAGAAAAAUUAAUAAUAUUAAUA